AUGAAAAAUGGCAAAGCUCCUGGAAGUGAUGAAAUUUCUAUCGAUGUUAUCAAGGCUGGUGGUCUUCCAUUAGCAAAAUGGUUACACGA